ACCGUAGCGGCGUGGGGCGGUUUGGGCACGCGCGCGUGGCUGUGGGUCCCGGGCGCCGGCCUUGCCCCGCCACUGCGGCCAGGUGCCUAUGGUGUUCUUAAGCUGCCGCUCAACUCUUGGGGGCGGAGGCCGCGCCCAUGAACCCUUCGGCCGCCUUUCUCGCCCGGCGCCAGAAUAUCGACUCAGAAGUUGAGAGUUCCACUAUUGAGAAACAGCGGAAGGAGCUGCAGCUGCUCAUUGGAGAAUUAAAAGAUCGAGAUAAAGAACUCAACGAUAUGGUUGCGGUACAUCAGAGACAACUACUUUCAUGGGAAGAGGAUCGACAAAAAGUGUUGACUUUGGAGGAACGUUGCAGCAAAUUAGAAGGUGAAUUAAAUAAAAGAACUGACAUAAUCAAGUCACUCAUGAAGAAGGUCAAAGUCCUUGAAUCCAAUCAAAUUGAAUGUCAAACAGCUCUUCAAAAGACUCAACAGCAGCUUCAGGAGAUGGCUCAAAAGGCAACACAUUCUGCCCUCCUCUCUGAAGACCUCGAGGCUAGAAAUGAAAAUCUCAGCAACACAUUAGUGGAACUUUCUGCUCAGGUAGGACAGUUAAAAGCUAGAGAACAGGCUCUCACCACCAUGAUAAAGCUAAAGGACAAAGAUAUUAUUGAGGCAGUCAAUCACAUUGCAGAUUGUUCGGGUAAAUUUAAAUUGCUAGAGCAUGCUUUACGUGAUGCUAAGAUGGCAGAGACUUGUAUUGUGAAAGAAAAGCAAGAUUAUAAGCAGAAACUGAAGGUGCUCAAGAUUGAAGUUGGUAAACUGAAAGAGGACCUGAAUGAAAAGACCACAGAAAACAAUGAGCAACGAGAAGAGAUCAUUCGCCUCAAGCAAGAGAAAAGUUGCCUGCACAAUGAAUUGGUUUUUACUGUUGAGAGAGAAAAGAGGAAAGAUGAGUUACUUGAUAUUGCAAAGUCAAAGCAGAAGCGCACAAAUUUAGAGCUGCAUAAUCUGAGACAGAUUUAUGUAAAACAACAGAGUGACCUGCAGUUUCUUAAUUUCAAUGUGGAAAAUUCUCAGGAAUUAAUACAGGUAUAUGACGCAAAGAUAGACGACUCAAAGACCCUGGAAUCUAGCAGAGACAUGUGUUUAUCAGACCUUGACAAUAACCACCUAAAAAUCGAUAAUAAAGGGGAGAAAAAUCUGAAGUCAUUGGUCAAGGAUCAAAAGUUUGAGGCCACGUUGGCUCAGCAAAAUAGGUCAGACAAGAACUCUUGUGAUGCAUGCAAAGAGAAGAAACUACAGGUUAACACUGCAUUUGGGGAAAGAAGUGUAAUUGCUCUCUCAUCUCUAUUUACCAAAGACUCACUGCAGAAACAAAAACCUUGGUCUCUGGGUGGAAAAAUCCAGACUGAACCUGAAAACAAAAUUACACUGUGCAAGAACCAUGCAAAGUCACCUAAAGGUAAUAGAGCUGAACUUCAGAACGAAGAGAAGCGGCUCUCAGAAGCACCUCUCUCACUGUCUGAUGAGAAACAGUGGCAUGACAUCAACGUCUACCUGGGCCUAGCCAGCUGUUCUUCUUCUAAACAGCCUGAAAAGCUGGAUGGGGACCUGGAAGAAAGAUUGGAAAUCUCAUAUUGUCCCCAAAAUGAAGGCUGUCUGGGUGACAGUGACCUGUGUGAGGCCAAGUGCUGCCACCCGAGUAACUUCAUCAUUGAAGCCCCAGGACACAUGACUGAUGUAGAGUGGAUGAACAUUUUCAAGCCUUCCAAAAUGCAAAGGAUUGUUCGCCACAAAACUGUGUGCACUUGUUCAGGAAGAAGUGGAACGAAAUAUAAUUCCUCAGCAAGUGAGCUCAUUGCUAUCCAGCAUUGUUUGGGUUCCUCAAAAUCUGCUGAAAGAGAAGAUGAGACAGAGGCCCCUCCUGACAAAAAGAACUCAUCCAAGAAUGUGGUCAUCAGCAAAGAUGAAGCAGCAUCCAGUGAAAAGGAUGACUUUUCACCCACCAGCAAGCUUCAGCGCCUGCUGGCUGAGUCUCGGCAGAUGGUCACUGAUCUGGAGCUGAGCACACUGCUGCCCAUCAGCUGUGAGAAUCUCAACAGAAGUGUACUAAUUUUGAAGUUGUUUAAUAGAAAUUGGAAGUCUCAGAAGACUCAGCUGAAAAAAAUACCUUUCUCAGUCACUGAAGUACAGAGUCAACUUCGGUGUUCACUGUGGUCACGCAAGCAGGUUCUUCAUCUGUGUGGAAGGCAGAAAGCGGACACCAGCGUGACACACUUCACCUGAAAGCUAGAGGACUGUGAUUCCCUUAAGCAGCUUUUCCUACCCAAGGCGAGCAGAAAUGCAAAGUUUAUUUCCUAAGACACGCAUAUUUUGUUUUCAAUGAACCAUUUUUGUGUGUAAGAAUAUUUUCAUGUAUAACAAAUGAGCCCUUACUGUACACACGUUUGGAACUGUGCUAAAAUGAAAAACAAGACUUCUUGUAGAGAUGCAGAUACCACUGAGUACUGGAGAACUGUGUGUGUACAGUGCCGCUUCAACUGGCUGCCUUAAACUGGGUAUGCAUUUACAUUAUAACCAGUAGCUUAUCAGUCAGUUCCCAAUAUGUGAGAAAUAGUCUCGUCUUAUGGUUUUAGCACUGAACUUUGCUGUGUUGAUGGACAUGAGCUAAGAGGGUAUAAAAUGUUCCUAAUGGGACAAUAUGACCUUGUUUGCUGGCAGUUGAGGUCCAUCCAUCCUAAGGUAACAGCUGCAUCUUGUCUGAGUCUGUAGUAGUUAGUUUACUUACACAAGCCAAAGCUUGCUGGAAGAUCAAGUUUUAUAUGGAUUUUUUUUAUAUUGGAGACUAAAACUUCCAUUUUAACUUGUAAUUUAAUUUUUUUAAGAUUAUACUAUGUGCCUCUCUGACCCUUCUACCAGAAUUGAUCAG